GGUCGGUAGGAGCUUCAGUUCGGGGUCUCCUGCUGACUGUCCGGGCAGUGCGCACGUUCGCUGACCGGUCGGACGACCAGCUUUUAGGCGCUUUAUAUCACGUUAGCGAAGCGCGAAGAAGUGAAAACCAGUCUGUAAAUAUGUGACUCCACAGCCGGCUAAACAUUAGCGUUUCCACCGAGACGAGGAAGAUGGACUCUGUUGGGAAAAACACCCAGAAGAAGAAGUUGUGGCUUUGUGGUCUGCUUUGGUGGUCGCUUCUUGUCCAUUUGGCGUCAGGAGCUUCCUUCUAUGGUGACGGCUUUGUACAGCUCAAGGCGAGACAGUCGUCCGACCGUAACGUGCUCCGCAUUCGCUUCAGAACCUCGAGCACAAAUGGCCUGCUGUUUCUCGCCGCUGGACAGACCCACUACUUUUUACUAGAGCUCCACGCCGGUCGCCUGCAGCUGAAAUUGGAUCUUGGAUCAGGGGAGCAGAUGUUAGAAUCAGACCGGGGAACCCAUCUCAACGAUCUGGCCUGGCACCAUGUGGUACUCCAUCAUGUACAGCUCAACAUCACUCUCACUGUUGACUCAAACUCCCACAGCAGUGUAAAGGUGCCAGGUCCCCAUUACAGUCUCAACACAGAUGGUCUCUAUGUUGGAGGCUCAGGGGGCUUGGAUAGACCUUACCUGCCCAGAGACCCAGUUGGCUUCCGAGGCUGCAUGGAUGAUGUACUUUUCAAUGAACGUGACUUGCUAUCAUCACUGAGACCAUAUACCGGAUACAAGAAUGUUCAUGAAGUCUCUUUAGGCUGCAGUCCCCAGUUCUUUGCCACUGAAGAGGACCCUAUCAGUUUCUUCAGCUCAAGGGCUUACAUUUCUCUUCCAACCUGGAAUACUGAGCAGGAGGCUGUAUUUGAGUGUGUUGUGCACACUUCAGCUAAAGAGGGAAUUAUCCUGUACAAUGCAGCCAGAGAGGAGAAUUUUGUGGCUCUGGAGAUUCAGGACGGUUUGCCCGUGGCUGUUGUCGGAACAGGUGGAACAAAAAUAGAGCUUCGUUCACUCACGCUCAUCAAUGACAGAAAAUGGCAUUCCAUCAAGUUAUAUUUCAGUUCCAAAAGCCUUGAACUAACUAUUGAUGGGGAGAUGAUGAAAACUGGCAUUAUCACUCAAGCAAAAGCGAUCCAGCUUAAAGGUUAUCUUUUUGUUGGAGGCAUCGAUGAUGGCACAAGAUCCGAAGUCAAAAAGGUGGGGCUUCUCUCUGUAUCUGGAAAGCGUGCCAGGGGAGGUUCCUUCAAAGGAUGUCUAAAGAACAUUGCAGUUAACAGAGUUAAGAUGGGUCUCUCUAAUGCUGUAGUCACCAAAGAUAUAUCAGUUGGUUGUGAGCCAGAGAAAGAAUCAGAUCCACCAACUGCUUUGAAUCCAACAAAUACUCCAGGAUCUCUUUUUCACUUGAUAACACCAACACCAUCACUUCAUAUGUCCACACUUGCAUGGGGCUUAGACAGAAGGUAUGGUUUCAAUUUUGUGCAGCUUAAAAACCUUAUAGUCCAAGAGGGUGGUCGAGCAUCUCUUGAAGCCAAACACAUCAAGGUUCUCUUGGACUUUAGAAAACUUGGCAUUCGACAGUCUCAAAUUAUGUUUCGGAUAGAGGAGCAACCAGUUCGAGGUCAGAUAAGGCUUGAUGUCGAUCAGGACCAAGAGGAGAAUACUUUCAGCAUGUUGGACCUUUGGCAUGAGAGAGUGAUGUACAUCCACGGAGGCUCAGAGGAACCUAAUGACUUCUUCAUGUUUUCCAUUUUUUCUAGUAGUCGAAAGCAAGUUCCUGAUUAUUUAAAGGGCACCAAACUAUACCGCUACAAUAUUUCAGUGUCACCCACUAAUGAUGCACCUGAGUUGAGUCUACCUCAAGGAAAUCUCUUUGUUCUGUUGGAGAACUCAAAGAAACGCCUCACCACUGAUGUUUUGAUGGCAACAGACAUUGACAGCAAUUACACAGACCUUUUCUUUUCUGUACUUGGGAACUUGAAUGCUGAUGCAGGAUACUUGGAAGUUGAAAGCAACCCAGGCAAGGCAGUGACCUCAUUUUCAUAUAUAGACUUAGACCAACUGAGGGUGUACUACGUUCACACGGGGGUUCGAAACUCAAGGAUAGUUCUGAGAGUUAGUGAUGGGGAAAAGGUCAGCAACACUGUAGUUUUAAGAAUUAUGGCUGUAGCACUCGAGUAUAAGAUUGCCAACAACACAGGCCUUGAUAUCAUUCAAGGAGAAACUGCUAUUAUUGGCUCAAAGCAGCUGGCUGUGCAAACAAAUGCUGUGAACCAGGUUGUAGACAUUCGAUACGAUGUCAUUGAACCACCUCAGUAUGGAGAACUCCAGAGACUUCACUCAAGUGGUGAAUGGAGGCAUACCGACUCAUUUUCACAAAGGCUUUUAGAAAAAGAGCGCUUGAGAUAUGUUAGUACUUUCCAAGACAUCCAGACAUCUAAUCCCACUGAUUACUUCAAGUGUAAAGUUAAUGUGGCUUCAAGGGAAACCACUGAAAUCCUGUUUCCAAUCACUGUGAAGUGGGUAAAGUACCACCUGGUGAGAAACACUAUGAUAGACUUAGAUAAAGUGAGGAAAGUGACACUAAACUCAGAGUGUCUUUUUGCCACAACUGAAGGUGUGACUCUCUCAGAGGAUGACCUAUAUUUUCGGGUUCUCACUACACCAAAGAAAGGGAAAUUACUUCUCAACACCACAGUCUUAAAGAAGAACUCCACCUUUAGCCAAAGAGAUGUAACAGAUCUAAAAGUGCAUUACGAGCUAGUUGACAGACCUUACCAAGAUACAACUGACAGGUUCAAAUUUCAUCUGGUUUCCAAACAUGCUCAGUCACAGAACUAUGAUUUUCAGUUUUCUAUUAAGGCUGACGUUAACAGCGUGUUUAUUAGAAACGCAGGACUCUCACUUCAGGAGGGAGAAAGUAAGCUUAUCACCAAAGAUGAGCUCUUUGCAGAGACUUUGAGCACAAAGGAUAUGUUCUAUACAGUUAUAAACAGCCCAAAACAUGGAAAACUAGUGCGUAUAAGUCAGUCAAAUUCCAAUGCUAGCUAUGACAACAUCUUAACCUUUAGUAAUAAAGAUAUUUUAGAGGAACGUAUAAUGUAUGUCCAUGAUGACAGUGAAACGACUCAAGAUGAAUUCACUUUCAUAGCCUCCACCACCCAAGGAUUCAAACCUUUUAUUGCAGAAGAUGAACCUGGCUCCAAGGAAGGUGUUUUUAACAUAUCUAUUCAGCUACAAAAUGACCAAAAACCAGUACGUGUAAUUGAUAAAGUUUUCCAUGUAGUAAGGGAUGGACAGAAGCUACUCACUACAGAAGAUCUGCAAUAUCAAGAUGCCGACUCUGACUUUGAUGACGGUCAAUUGGUUUACACUCGUCGUGGUAUCCCAAUGGGAGACCUCGUGCUGGUAAAUGACACCACUUAUCGGCUGUUCCAGUUUCGACAGAAGGAUUUGGAAGAAAAGCGAGUGCUGUUCAUUCACAAAGGUGUGAGCUCUGGCAGAUUUGUACUUUUUGUCUCAGAUGGAAAACAUUUUGUGUCAGGCCUUUUACACAUCGGUGCACAUGACCCUUUCUUGAAAGUCGACAAUAACACCGGCCUGUUGGUCCAAAAAGGUCAUUCAGUGGUCUUGUCCACCAGCAAUUAUAGUGUAAUGUCAAAUCUGGACAUCCGAGAUGACAAGGAGGUUAUCUUCAAGUUGGAUGAGGGUCCAAAGUAUGGAAGUCUUUAUCACAAUGAAACAACCGUUGUGACAUUCACACAAGCUGACUUAAAAGCAGGGCUGAUCCGCUAUCGGCACAGUGACAGCCAACAUCUGACAGACUAUUUCAACAUAACAGUGAAAGCUAAAAGUCUUCAGCUCACAAGCAGGAUCAGUGUGAAGGUUUACCUGGAAAGUCAUCAGAGACCUCCCAUUGUACAGCAUCAUGAUACUUUAUUGGUGGAAGAGGGAAAACCAGCAAAGAUUGAUGAAACUAAACUAGAGGUCACCCACGAGGACAACCUGCCAUCUGAGAUUGUGUUCACCGUAAAGGUAGCCCCAUCUUAUGGCUUUCUCAGGCAUUUUGUUGAAGCGGAAGAGCGCUACAUCGGAACCAAACAGUCCCCUGUCAACACAUUUACCCAAAAUGACAUCAACAGCGGGAACAUUCAGUAUGUGCAGGUGGAGCCAAACAAAGUCAACGACACCUUCAUCCUUGAUGCCACCAAUGGGGUCACUGAUGUCACUAACAUUAAAAUGUUUGUUGAAAUCAUCCCCCUGUUCAUCCCACUUCAAGUCUCCAAUAUCACACUGAACGAAGGUGCAGCCAAAGCACUGACGCAGGAUGUGCUCAAAGUCACCAAUCGACACUUUUCGGGAAUCAACUUCUUUUAUAACUUGACUCGGCCCCCGCAGCAUGGUCACAUCGAGCACUCACGACAUCCUGGUGUGCCCAUAACCACUUUCACCAGGAGGCAGGUGGAGCAUGAGUUCAUUUACUACGUCCACGACAGCAGUGAAACCUUAGCUGACAAUUUCACUUUGGUGGCCAAUGACACGAGCUUGAGGAAGCAGAGUGCAGCUCAGAUGGUGCACAUCCAGGUUAUACCCGUCAACGAUGAGCCUCCUGUUAUUAUAACCAACAGGGUCCUCAGGGUGUGGGUGUCCUCAGUGACAGAAAUCACUUUGGAUGAUCUGAGUGUGCAGGACCAAGACACACCACCAGAGGAGCUCCACUUCAUGGUGACUCCACCCAGCAAUGGACACCUGGCCCUGAAGAGCGCCCCGAUGAAGGCAGUGCUCAAUUUCACCCAGGCCCACAUAGACCAGGGGCAGCUGGUGUUUGUUCACAAAGGUGCUAUGUCAGGUGGAUUCAACUUCCAGGCCAAUGAUGGUGUGAACUUCACUCCCAGACAGAUCUUCAGUAUUACUGCUAAAGCCCUAGUUCUCAGUUUGGAGAGAAAUCAACCGCUAAAGGUCUUUCCAGGCUCUUCAAGACCAAUCACAAAUGAGUAUUUACAAGCAGUGACCAAUGACAUGAGCAACACCUCGAACCGUGUAAUAACAUUCAGUGUGAUACGGCAUCCUAAACUGGGGCGCCUGGUGAUGAGGCAGCCUAAUAAUUCAACAGCAGACAUCUCCACUUUCACACAAGAUAUGGUGGACAGGAAAGAGGUUUUUUACAUUCAAACUCCUGUUGAGUCAGUUGGCUGGGAAGCCAUGGACUCGAUGACCUUCUCUGUAGCAUCACCACCUGCUUCAAUGGACAGUCAGACCUUCAGAUUUGACAUCUCAUAUGAGAAUACUGGACCCGAACACAACACAAUCCUGCUUGCAAACACAGGUGCUGAGGUGACAGAAGGGGAGAGUGUCAUCAUUGACGAGUCCAAGCUCGAUGCCACUAACCUGAUGUCCAAGCUGCCUACACCUCAGCGUAGCUCCUAUGAGGUGUGGUUUCAGGUAACAUCUCUGCCUCAACAUGGUGUCAUCGUGGUUGGUGAGAGAAACCUAACCAAGGAGAAACCUAAUUUCUCACAAUUCAUUGUCAAAAAAUAUGGUAUCACCUACAAACACGACAACUCGGAGACAACUCAGGAUUCUUUUAUAUUCAGCACUUGGCUUAAUCCUAAAGGGAAAACUGCGCAACGCCCUGAAGACGACAGUGAUGUUGUUGUCGAGCGUUUUAAUAUUACAGUCAUCCCUGUGAAUGACCAGCCACCUUUGCUAAAAACCAAAGCUCCAAGUCUGAAGGUGGUGCAAGGAGAUACAAUUGCCCUUGGGCCAGAAAAUCUCAAAAUUGAAGACUUAGACAAUCCUCCUGAUGAUAUUAAAUUCUCCGUGAUUAGCAAGCCAAGCAAUGGUUACUUGGCUCUCAAAGGAAGUUUGAAUGAGUCAAUAGUGGCCUUUACCCAAGCUCAAAUCAAUAACAGAAGUGUCUGUUUCGUGCAUGAUGGAAGUUCUGUCUCUGGAGCGUUCUACUUCAGUGUUACAGAUGGCUAUCAUAAACCAAUAUACAAACUCUUUAACCUAGAAGUGACAGAAAUUACCAUCACUCUCGUCAAAAAUACUGGAUUGGAAUUCCAGCAAGGCAGGACUUCAGUAUCUCUGACAGAGGACAACCUUGCUGCUGAGACCAAUGGGAAAAAUUUCACAGUUUACUACCAGAUUACAAGACCUCCGAGAUUUGGCAAACUUUUGAGAGACAACCGAGAAGUUACACUGUUUGACCAGGAAGAUCUCCAGACAGGAAGGUUGUCCUACCAUAUGAUCUCCGUUUCUUCUGUUGAAGACAGCUUUGAGUUCACUGCUUUCACUUCAGAGGCAAAUCUGACUGGCCAAGUGCUUAACAUAAUUGUGAAACCUUUGCUCGAGACUGGCAAAGGUUUAAGGAUUCCCAAUGGGAUUACUGUCAAAUUCAAUGUAAACUUUCUCAAUGCAUCUGAACUGGCUAAUAUAAGUGACAGUGACCCCAUCUUUGAAAUAUUAUCCCAUCCUAGGUAUGGGAAAGUGGUUCGACCAAAAUUAAAAAUGACCAUAAAAGCUAUCCCAGUGGAGUCCUUCACCUUUCAAGAGAUCAUGCAGGGGAAUGUAGCCUUAGAGCUGAAUGCUAACAUGACUGGAGUUGAAGAGCUAAACGAUUCAGUAGUAUUUGUUCUGAAAGCUGAUAGCGUCCAACCUGCUAAAGGGGAAUUACAUUUUACAGUUGUGCCGUAUGAUCCAGCAUUUUUUCCACCCACAAAGAGUCCUGUUUCAGCUACAUCAUCUGUGCCUCAGGCAUCAUUUAAGACUGCUUUGCCAGUCCUGUCUACAGUUUUCCUCUCCACCCAACAACCAAGCAUAAACCAGCAAAAGUUCAGAGGACGCAACCGCUGGGGAAACUCCAACAGAACUAGCAUUUUUGGUACAACUCUGGGCAAACCAUCUCAAACAGAGGAGUUUCUCUUCAAAAACACACCAGUUCGUGUCGAGUCCUACCCUCAAAAAACUUCUAAUCCACUCCUGAUUAUCUUACCACUGCUUGCUCUGUUGCUACUUGUAAUCAUCUUUGUGGUGCUGGUUGUCUUUCUUCGACACCACAGGCAAAGAAAGCAGAGCACUGCUACAGCACAGGGGCCAACAUCCACCGGUCUUCCAAACAGUUCAUCUUACCAAGGCCAAACCCAGAGGAGCCCAGCAGUUCCCACUGUGACUGUCACCCCUCUAAAUCAUAACUGCCCAGGCAGCCCAGUGCUUGAUCGGUUAUUGACACCAAACCAGGGCACAACUUAUAACACAAUUGAUUCAAACAUGGUUGUAAGUUCAUGGAGUAAUGGCUCCCCUGCUACAUCAUGCCAAAUGAUUAGAACCGCCACUCCCACUUUGCAAAAGAAUCAAUACUGGGUAUGAUCUUUCACAGCAGAAGUUGUCACUAUUCAGGUUUUAGAGUUACAUGACCACUGACGUUGUGACAAUAACUUGUUCACCAUUUUGGAUGUAUGACGCAAUACGAUUUACUGAAUAAGGCCCUAGUCACACAGGCUGCAAAGGAAAAAUAUUUGUACCCUAGCUGGUUGUCGAAUGGUUGCUGGCUGUUACUGUGAAUCCAAUAGCUACAGUCCCAGUCACACAGGCCUAGAAACCAGUCAGCAACCAUCUUGGGUUGGCAGAAAGAGAAUAAUUUAGCAAGGAAAAUUUCAAGGGUUUUUGUAAAGAGCUAAACAAGAGUUAAAAGAUGAUGAUUUUAUGGCCUGAAACGCUGUCCCAACAAGGUGAUAACAAUAUUCUGCAUCUGCUGGAUGUGAAAUGAAACCUUUGUGAUAUAUUUAUCAGAAACAGGACAGCUCAUAUUAACUCAUUGUCCAACACCACAAUCACUGCUGCACGUUCAGUUGGUGGGACAGAAUCUGUUCACUAGAGCAUUUACCAAUUUGUAAUUGUAGAGAAUUAUAAACAAUGUUUGUGCCUCAUGUAUAUGUAACCAACAAUGUCCUCAUGCAUGUUGAAGUUUCUCCCAUUAAGAGUUAUGAACAGCAGAGUGGAAGAUGAUUCCAAUAACUGUGAAUUACUAAGACUGACACUGGCAUUUCAAUUGAUUGUGCAGAUUUUGUAUAGAUAUUAUAGUUUAGAAAUGUUGUAAACUCAGGAAGUUUGUCAUCUACCUUUAUUGAGGGUUACAUGUAUUGUUGAUAACUGAGGUCCAUUUAAAAUUAUGGGUCAUGACAUAAAGGAAAAUCUGUCAGAAAUGUUUCCCAGCAUGACUUUGUACCACUCUCUUCAUAGACCCGAUCAAAUCAUUGAUAACACAUUGGGUUAAAUGAUUGAACAAUUUUUUUAAUGUAAUUUUAUUUUACUCUUCCCAGUAUUUUUAUAUGUAAAGAAGUGCAUACAAAAAAAUCAAGGUAGAGAUCUAUUAAAUUAUACAACUCUACACUUAUUCUUCUCAUCUUUACCUCAGUUAAUAAAUAUAAAACACAAGGAUUAUUCUAUAAUUUAUUAAUAGGCUCAUUAACCUACAACUCACCUGAGGUGCAGCAUGUUUCCUGUUUUUUUUGAGGCGUGACAAAGAGCAGAUUUUCUGUGACUGAAAUGAGUCCUUGUAUGAUAUAUAAUUAUUAUUUAUCACUGAUAAACCAGUUCUAACUUAUGUGGUCAAAUUAUUGAAUACAUCUGCUGUACACUGUAAUGAUGUAACUGCUGUAAGUGAAUGGUACUGCUCCGGGGGAUGAGACUGCGGUCAGAUAAAAUCACCAUUAGCAUGAAAUUAUUUUAUACUGAAGAGAACUGUCCUUUUAUUUUAUGCUAGUCUCGACUCAGUUGUUUAACUUGCUAUGUAACAGAAGUGUCAUAUUUAUUUAUACCAUAUUUUAAAUAAACCUAAUGUUUGUAAACAGCUUAUUUUUAUUUUAGUUUCUGCAGUAGCAGUGUCAUAUGCGUGUGCAGUCUUUCUGGUCAAUUAUUAGUUUAUUUCUCCUCGUAAAAAAAUGUUUAGCAACCAAAUUAUCACUUAUUUUUUUCCUUCCUAAAUGGGUUUUUGGCAGUUUCCGCUAUCACUGUAAUUUAAACUAUCUUGCUGCCUGUUACC